AUGGCGGCAGCUAACGCAACACCUGUGACAAACGAGCCUUCCGCGACGGCAGGACCAAGUACAAAUACCAGCCAACCGGAGGUGUCCACGGACACCAACCAAACCAACGCUCCCCAGACGGUUGUUGAUCGGAACCUUACCGCACCAGCAGGUGUAAAUCUAGAGCAACAGUUGCCACCAACGGAACCAGCAGACGCAGACUCGGUGGUACUAGCUGGUGAACAACUUGGAACAAUUACCAAGGAAGGCGUCGAUGGGGUAGCAAUACUGGAGCUCGAGCUAAGUUCUGAUACAGAACACGACGCCUGGCUACCCCAGAACGGUAUGAGCAAGGGGAAAGGGAAGAGAGAAGAGCCUCUAUCGGAGGAAGAGACAAACUUACAUCCAGAAGAUGAGGACUUGUCUCACGGUGACCGGGUAAUGUUAUUACAAGCCCAAGUCCAGGAGGCGUUUGUUUUUCAAAAUUACGCCCCGGGGACAUCUCUACUCGCAAAUCUCACAGAACAAGCGGCCAACAAACCCAUCAGUGAACGUACUCCAAACGGUCAAGGAGACCACCAACCUCAUGCGCCAGAUCCUAGACCAGACAGGCGGCCCAGUCCACAUCGACUAAUCCAAGAGAAAAUGUUGGAGUUCUCAACAGUGGGUAGGAAUGAGGAAAGAGAAGUCGCACACCCUAUUGCGCAUCGAGUUGAAACGGUUCCUAUUGAACCUCAAGAUGAACUACCAUCAUCAUACCGGUUGCAUGAGGAACGACCGUUGCCGUUUUUGGACCGUGGACCUCCCUUGUUGGCUGAACAGCUGCCUAGAACUGCCGAGACAAAUCACAAGAGGGAGACCGCCGACAGGGAUCCUACUGGUGACAAAGCCUCGAAAGCAAAAGCAAUGCUUGAGUCUGGGAAAGGUUGCAUGGUGUUAGCUAAUGGAGACAUAAUAGAGAAUGGCAGACUCAUGCUGAAAGAUAAAAUGAAGCAGUUGGAGAAGUCCCUACCGUCCCUCAGCCCGGUCUUGGCGCACUACCUCCAAACUUUCAAGGCGUAUGUGCCACUUCCCGUGUUUGAUAAAUUAUGGUUGAUUUGUGACCAACAAGCUAGAGAAGGGACAGAGCCACCAUCAGAGUCAAAACUAAACAAGGGGGGACAAACCUGCGAAUACUGUUUCACUCUGUUCUCACAUUAUAUCCUCAACACUGGCUGGAUCACUCUGUCCGAAAACCUGAAAAAGCACAAGGAGAUUGUGGUGGAACUUCGGAACACCAUGGGGUGGAUGGUGGCGCUUAGAUAUUGUAAGCGAGUGCGGGAGGGGGUGAUGCGGACAACGGUUGGGGGAGAGAUUGUAAAUGUCUCCAAAGUCCAACGCACAAUCCUGGAGGAGGUGAAGCUGGUGUGCGACAAUCUGGGUGAAAGAGCGUGUCAAUCAAACCCUUACUCACCAGGUGGAACCAAGGAACACCUCGAUCCAGAGUCAGGUUUGCCGAGGCUGAAAGCGGGAGGUAGUGGGAAUACCUUGAGGAGAACGCAAGAGAAUACGGGGAGGUUAGAGGCAUUUUCAAGCGGAAAACGCAAGUCUCGGUUACCCCCAGACAAGUGGGAAGCAAAGCUAAAGGCGGAGGGAAAGUGGGUGGAUUGGAAGGAAAUGAAAGACUCACGAGGGAGAAGGUCGGAUUAUAACGAUCGUAGUAAAGGAGGUGAUAGAAGAGACAAUUCAGGAGAGCCAAAGGGAAAGGCGGAAAAUCGAAGUACCAGUGAGUAUGAUAUUCCCAUCCACAAACCUCAUUCCUGA